CAUGUUCUCCUUUCGCAUGCACCAACUAUAUAUAGUGGUUCUUUUGUUGCCAACCAAUGCUUUUCAUGGUUUGAUUUAAACCAAAAAAAAAAAAAAGAAAAAAAAGAGUUUUAUAAUUUCUCAUAGAGGAAUUAAGGUGGUUAAUCAUGGGAAAUUGUGUGGAGACAUGCAAACAAAAGCAGGAGCAAGAAGAUGGUCAAAUGCAACAGCAGCAGCAGCAUGAGCAACAAGACGAUGAGAGAAAAAAUAAAGAUAGAUUUGUGAAGGAACAAAAUUUGGGGAAAGAUGGAAACAUAAGAGUAAAGAUUGUGUUGAGCAAAGAAGAGCUGGAGUGGUUGAUGCUUCAGCUGAAAGAUAGUGGAGGGAAGAACUUGGAAGAUGUUUUGCAAGAGAUCCAGAAAAGCAGAGCCAAAGCUAUUGAGGGGUGGAAGCCUUCUUUGGAGAGCAUCAUGGAAUGCCCUGAAGUAAUUGAGAUGGAUAGAUGAGUCCAAUAUUUCGAACUUUUCCUGCUGCUGCUCUGCUGCUUCUUCUUCGUCUUCUCCUUUUUUUUUAGUUUGUUUAUUUUCAACUUGUUUUUAGGGCUUUGAAGUGGCUGAUGACCCAACUGUGUAAUUAAGGGUUUUUUUUUUUUUUCUCUCUCUGGAUGGUGAGCCCUGAUGUUGUUUGUGAGAUGUAAAAAUAACUUCUUCAGAUUUUUGAUCGGGACCAUCCAAAUAAGGUAAUGAGAAAUGCUAGAUACUUUCUUCA